CUCUUUCGUUUGCAAGCCAUGUGGCUGUCGUUGGUAAAUAAAUAGAUCUGCUCGUUUCUAACUGCAAUUCUACUCUGAAUUUUGUGCACGAACCCUGGUUUAAGCUCCCCGCAGCAGCAACAAUGUCGGCGGGUGUGGUGAACCUCCAGGCGCAGGUGGAGUCGGUGCUCGGCGCGCUGGUGAAAGCUGCCACGGUGGAGUUAACCAAGCUGUUCGAGAGCAGAUACCGAGCCUCGGCGCUGGAGGUGGAUGUGGGCCGCACUGAGGACAGAAAACAACACGAGACACUGGACAGUUUAUCCACUGGGGACACGACACGCAGCAUCGGCGUGCAAGUAGACGAGGACAUUUAUUCACCGUCCGAGCUUCCUGGCACCACUUGUCUCCCAGAUGGGGAUUGUUUGAGGGGAGGCAUGAUGGAGGAGGAGGAGGAGGAGGUGGUGAUGGUGGUGGAGGGUCUCCUUUCAUCAGAUCUCCUCCUGGCUGCAGAGAACGGCCAAGUUGACCCCGAGUGGUCACCUCUGAAGGAACAGGUUUUGGCAGAAACUGUAGAUAUGGUGCAGUUUAGCGGGUUUGAAGCAGAGUCACCAGCAGAUAAAGAUCCUCAAACUGAAGUUGUUUUGCACGUCUCUGCAGAGACGUGGACAGAGCCGUUAAAACAUGAAUCCACUCAAAGCUCUCCAGCUAAACAGAAGCCGCUGGUGGUCCAACCAGACACACGGGACACCUUUCCUGGGGAGAAGAUCAAGUUUGUGUGCCCGUUGCUCCUCAGACCAGAGUCUCCGGCCCACAAACCCGAGAGAAGAGAAGAGAAACCGGUCCAGACGGAGCCUCAGCAGGUCUGCGUCAGCACCGCCCAGGGCACCGCCUACAGCCCCUCCCCCGCCGACGGAGCCGUGACUCCGGCUCAGGUCGGCGUUUGGGAACGGAUCCAGACGCCGAAGGAGCCGAAGAACAACCUGCACAUGAAGCUGAAGCUGACGACUCUGGACCAGAAGCUGAAGCGGCCCUGCGUGGUGCAGCUGGUGGACGUUCUCCGGCUGCCCGAGUCGGAGGCCAAGCUUCAGGACGCUGUCGCCAAACUCCAGGAUGAAAGCCACAAAACGGGUUGGCCCGUGCCUAAAGACCUCCGCCGCCACCAGGGCCUCCACACGGGCCACCGCCUCUGCUGCUUCACGCCCUGCGGGGACGGCGUGUGGCAGCUCCAGAAGGUGGUGGCCCACUCCCGGGACGGAUACCCCUGCAGCAUCUGCGGGAAGACGUUCAAGCACAGGAAGAUCCUCAGACGCCACGCCAGGUUUCACACCGGAGAAAAGCCGUACUCGUGCCAGACGUGCUCCAAGUCGUUCGCGCUGAGGAAGAGCCUCCGGCGCCACAUGAGGUUCCACACGGGCCAGAGGCCGCACGUCUGCCUGCAGUGCGGAAAAAGCUUCCGCCUGCGGGAGAAUCUGAAGGCACACCUGAGGUUUCACACCGGGGAGAAACCGUUCAACUGCACCACCUGCGGUAAGACGUUCAGGAUCAUAAAGAACCUGGAGAAACACCAGGAGAGUCAGUGUGUCUUCUUUGUGACUUCGUUCAGGACGAUAGCCGGUCUGUAGCUGCCAGAGCCGCCGCUUUCUACCUCACACUACAAACACUGCAUCACUUUUAACAAAACUGUUGUUUAACAUUAAGCAGCCCGGCCUCCUAAAGAUGACAUUCCCUCGUAAGCCUGUACAAAAAAAAUUAUAUUUUGUUGGACAAUAUUGUCUUUUUAACACUAUUCUCUGCUAGUUAGGGCUGGGCGAUAUGGACCAAAAGUCAUAUAUCCCGAUAUAUUAAGGCUGAAUAUCGAUAUACGAUAUUUUCUUGACAUUUUAAUUUUAAGUCAAAGUCCAAUAUGACAUGUCACAAGUAGUUUUAUUGAAACAUAAAUACUGUAAAACAACAGGAGUACCUUCUCAAACUAAACUUCUCAAAACUAAAAAUGACAUUCCCUUGUAAGCCUGUACAAAAAAAAUUAUAUUUUGUUGGACAAUAUUGUCUUUUUAACACUACUCACUGCUAGUUAGGCCUAGUUGGACCAAAAGUCGUAUCCCGAUAUAUUAAGGCUGAAUAUCGAUAUACGAUAUAUAUCCUGAUAUUUUUGUCGCAAAGUGAGAGCAAAUGUUCAGUCAAAGCCAAAUAUGACAUGUCACAAGUAGUUUUAUUGAUACCGUUUAUUUAAGUGAACAUAAAUACUGUUAAACAACAGGAGUACUUUUUAAAAAAAAUCAAAGCUCCAUAAAGUGCACAUUUAAAUAAAAAAUAUCUUAAAUAAAAAUAACCCAUGAAAAUAAACAGGCCAAUCUUUUCCCGAAAUAAAUACAUUUAUAUGAGAAAAGAAUAACAUAACUAAAUAACUAAACAUGUCAAACAUACAAAAAUUGUUGAACUAUAUUGAUAUAUGUGAUAUGGUCUAAUUUCAUAUCACAUUUAAAAAUAUAUGGAUAUAUUUUUUAUAUGGAUAUAUCGCCCAGCCCUAGUGAGUGUAUGGAGGAGCUGAAACUCUGACACAGAGAGAAGAGGAGAGGAAAGAAGUAGCGCUACCAGAAAUGAAAGCAAAAUGUGUUUUUUUUCUCUGUUCUGCUGCAUAACGUACCACAAAAAGUCCCCAGACAGUAAUCACAUGUCUCUAAUAGUUGGGAAACCUGCUGUUUCUAUGGGACAAUGUUGGCUAAAAUGUAACCACAACAGGCGAGAUCAUACGAUAAAUGGACGUGAUUUUGGUAACUUUUGCUGAGUUCAAUAAGUCGCUUAUUGUGGUCGGGCUUUUCCCAUGCAGUGAAACUGCAUGGUGCAGGGGUCUCAAACUCGCGGCCUGCGGGCCAGUUGUGGCCCUCGUGACGAUAUUUUGUGGCCCCCACCUUGAUAUGAAAGUUUAAUGUGAGUUUUAUAUGAAUGGCACUUUACCGUGUUGUGUGUGGAAGGUCCCUUUAAUUACUUUUUUUGGUAAUUAUGUCUGUUUUUUUGGUCAUUCUGUCUUUUUUCUGUCAUUUUGUCUCUUUUUUUGGGUAAUUUUGUGUCUUUUUAAAAUAAUUUUGUGUCUUUUUUGGUAAUUCUAUGUAUUUUUUUUGGUAAUUUCUUGUCUUUUUUUGUCUUUUUGUCAUUUUUUGUCUUUUUUUGUCAUUUUGUGUCUUUUUUAAGUAAUUAAGUGUUUUUUUUGUCAUUUUGUGUCUUUUUUGUCAUUUUGUGUCUUUUUUAAGUAAUUUAGUGUUUUUUCAGUCAUUUUGUGUCUUUUUUUUUUUUAGUAAUUUUGUCUCUUUUGGUCAUUUUGUGUCUUUUUAAAAUAAUUUUGUGUCUUUUUUGGUAAUUCUAUGUAUUUUUUUUUUGUCAUUUUGUGUCUUUUUUGUCAUUUUGUGUCUUUUGGUCAUUUUGUGUCUUUUUUUAGUAAAUUUGUGUCUUUUUUUGGUCAUCUUGAGUUUGAGACCCCUGGCAUAGUGCAUUCCGUUUCGAAGGAGUUGUAUAUUUGUCCUGUGUUUGGAAUCAAAAUCUGCAGAUUUCUACCCAGAUUUGGGUUGAUUUGAACCCAAACUAAACCUCAGCAGACUUUUACAGUGUUUAAAACUGUGCCUGUAAUCUGAGAGAGAAACAUUUUCGGCUCAAAACAUGAUUUAUGUUUGGAAUUUUGUCGUUUGGGAACAUAAUGUUAAGGAGACAGGGCUGCAUUUACAUAAUAAAAGUUGAAGCUAUGAGAGAAACCGAAGCCAUGAUCCAUAUUAAGUCCUGACGCUAAAAACAAACCAGAAAGCUUGUAUUUAAAUGUGAAGAGGAGGAGAGGAUGGUGCUGUGUUUUGGGGCAUUGUGUGUUUUUUUUAGAAAUGUAUACUACUGAUUGUUUUGUCUUCUUUGUUUCUUAUUCCUUUUUUUGUUUUUGCCUCUUUUGAUUUAAGGGACCAGUCAUGUAACCAAAACAGUGUAAAAUGUGUAGAACUACUUGAUGCAUUAAACUUUCCUCUACUAGCACCUGUAAGCAGGUAAACUACAUAAAAAGCUGGAGAUUGUGUCUUGCAGAUGGGUUGGAGAGCAUUAAUACAUUUUAUGGGUUUAUGGGUGCAAAUAGAAGAUAUCAGGUUGUUUAGUCAGACAAACAGAUCGUCCCUGCCAACUGUUCCUGUGUCAUGGCUGUAUCAGAGUCCAACUGAUGUUUGUUUCUGAUGUAUUUACACGUUUUAUGUUAUUCCUUUUUUACUUUACACAGUCUGUCUUUUUAUAAAAAAAGUGUUAGAUUUUUUUAUACAUGUUAUAAUUACUGAAUGUAUCUUUUCUUUCAUGACCUCGAUGUGAAGGACUAACAUGCUGAUUUUUUAAGAUAUCUGGCUUUUAGUAUUCAGACUAUUUGGAAUGACAAUAAAUGUAUAUAUGGCCAAACACAAACAUAACCAGUUUUAAACAGGUUAUGUUUAUGAUUAAUUGCAGAUAUUCUACACUGGCUAAUGUCUGCUUUCAUCUUUUUAAACUUCUGAUU